GGCGCCGCAAGGGGCGGGCCCGGCGGCGGGGGAGGCUGUUUAAAGUGGCGCCCGCAGCGCGCGAAGGGGAUGGCGGAGCCGGCGGACUAUCCGCCCUUCCAGCUGGGGAAGCCCCGCUUCGAGCAGACUUCAUUUUAUGGCAGAUUCAGGCACUUCUUGGACAUCAUCGACCCACGCACUCUCUUUGUUACUGAGAGUCGCCUGAAGGAAGCUGUGCAGUUGCUGGAGGAUUACAAGCAUGGGACUUUGCCCCCAGGAGUCACCAACAAGGAGCUGUGGGGAGCUCAAAAAAUAAAGCAGGCCAUCAUCCAUCCCGACACAAACGAGACCAUCUUCAUGCCUUUCAGAAUGUCAGGUUACAUUCCCUUUGGAACACCCAUCGUUGUUGGUCUUCUUUUGCCCAACCAGACGAUAGCAUCCACUGUGUUUUGGCAGUGGUUGAAUCAGAGCCACAAUGCGUGCGUCAACUAUGCAAACCGCAACGCGACAAAGCCUUCUCCGACGUCCAAGUUCAUCCAGGGCUACUUGGGAGCUGUCAUAAGUGCUGUCUCAAUAGCAGUGGGCCUUAAUGUUCUGGUACAGAGAGCAAACAAGUUUACCCCUGCCACUCGUCUCUUGAUCCAGAGGUUUGUGCCAUUCCCCGCUGUCGCCAGUGCCAAUAUCUGCAACGUUGUCCUGAUGAGGCACACGGAGCUGGAAGAAGGAAUUGAUGUUUUGGACAAUAAUGGAAACAUCGUCGGCUCUUCCAGAAUUGCUGCAAAACAUGCACUACUAGAAACAGCCCUGACAAGAGUGGUCCUGCCGAUGCCUAUACUGGUUCUACCUCCAAUUAUUAUGUCCAUACUGGAAAAAUCGAGACGUCUCGCCUGGAGCCGGAGAUCGCAAUGGCCACCCCCAGUAAGACCGUCAUCUACAACAAGGGGUUGUAAGUGGGGAGCUGCAGACCCCUCCACCCGGAAGAUCUGGGCAGGGAAAGGGGGAAACGUGAGAUGUCGACUGGGAGAGAACGCAGCAGCGAGACAACACAAAUCCUAGAGCUCAGCGAUAGUCCUACUGCUCCCAGAGAGCGGGAGUGGGGUAACACUUUUGGAGAACUGACACCUCUCACACCACUCAACAAAAUUAACAUUAAAAGUUUUAACUUAGCAACAGCCAGAAACUACAUUCAAACACUUUAGACGACUAGCAGAGGAAUGAUCUCUAAACUUCUAGCACUGCAUGGAGGGAAGUUUUACGGGAUGGUUACAUGGCUAUACCUAACUCCAUGGGAGUAGGCUUCACCCAGCAAAUUUUGUUUUCAAUGCAAAUUAAAUCACAGCACUGACACUGCACAAAAGUCAUUCUGCAGAGACCGACGGGUGCGUGGCUUUGAAGCUCUUGAUAGGAUGUUUGAUAAGUGUCUUGUAUCGAUUCCAUGUCAGCACUGCCCCAGCUGCCACCCAGCACAUCAACAAGGGGUUCAAAGUCCUGGAAAGCCAACGUGCCCUGCAUGGGAUGGGAUCUAUGAGAAAAAUGGGUGAGGUUUGUCCUCUCUGUGAGUAAGGCAAUCUGAGCUACCUGGGUAGGGUUCCAUGAGGGAUUAGUGAAGCUGCUCCACUUUGAGUCCAGCUGUCCUUUGUUUGGAUGCAGUGAUGGGGCAUUGCUGGUACAGGAGCCACAUCCCACUGGGUGUGUGGUCCCGUGGCUCCACAAGCAUCCUCCUGGUUGAGUUUGGGGCCGUAAUCUGGCUUUGCAGUAACUUUCACCCAAACGUGUUAAGAGAAUGUGGCCACUGGGAUCAUUACAGGGCUUGAGGUGUGGUGGUGAUGAGCACGGCCAAAUGCAAUGAUUGCCAUCAUGCCAGUGCCAACUCGUGGGGGCUGGGGGAGGGUGGGGGGAGCAGGGGAAACCAAAUCUACACUGACAGAGAAUGUAUAUGAAAGGAUGCGUUGCAAUGCAUGGGAGUGGGAGCUGCACAGCAGAUUCUGUCCCCACACUGGUGUGGAUCAAAUAAUUGCACGUCAAAAAUGAGAGUUUUGUGGACAUCCAUACCAACUUGGAGGGGAGGAGAGGCCAGCAGAGCUCUCUCCAACCCUUCUACUGAUAGGACAGCUCCCGGUCCCUGGCGCUGGUGGGAAUGCUGAGCUCAUGGAGCAGUUCUGCAUUUCCACCUGCAUAAGGGACAGCUGGAUUUGACCCAGCAGAGUUCUUCUAAUGCACUAGAUCAGAUGAAUGUACAGUCAGCACGUGCUUAAUGUAUGCUUAAAUACGUGCUGGCUCUGAUGGUGUAACUGAGCCCAAGGCUGAGCGGACCAAAAGCCUCCAAGGUGGGUUUUGUGGCUGCCACAGCCGUUCUGCUGCAAUGCUGCAAAACUCAUUGAUCUCAGUCUUUUUCUUCUUUGGGGAGGGGAGUGACCGAGGCUUUGUAGUGGGAUGGUUUCUGCAAGGAUUUGGUCUUGCAUCGUAAUUACUGAUCAAAGCUAGUGAGCUCCAGCUACCUGCAGGGUCUGCAGAUGGAGCGAGUGAUGUGCGGCAGGGGGUGAGCAGGCAGCAUGCAAUGCCAACGGCGCUGGUUGGAGGAGAGCAGGCUGCAGGGUUCCUAAUACAUGCUGCCCUAUGAAAUAUGAGAGAGAGAUCCUGGUCCGUGGGCAAGGAGUGGCCUCAGGGAUGUCAGAAGAGCAGCACUUGGGGAUUGCAGCUCGGGUCAAACCCAGCUGCCCAACAAGUGACAAUCAGUCUAAAUGAGCCCAGGUUUCUCAUGUCCUGUAUAAAUCCCAUCAAACUUGUUUUAUUUCAUGUAUUGGAAAAUGGGGUGGAUAGCUUCUGCUGAGAAAGACCCUUCUGCUUCCUGACCCAGCCUUCCCCAAGCUCUUGGUUCUUCCAGCUCAGCCUGGCGUUUGGAAAGCAAAGGGGCUUUUCCUGCACAGUUCCUAAACUUCUCCAAAAUCCUCCACGGCCGUUGCAUUGCAGAGUACUUAGUACCACGUGUGUCAGCAGUGCUUGUGGGGUGUGCUAUGGGGCUGGAGAGAUGAGGUUUGGCUCUACAUCUCCCAGAACAUAUUGCUGACUAUAGGUGCA